AUGAAUUUGCGUGCCAGUUGUAUAGCAGCAUUUCUUUGCUUGCUAGUGCAGCUUUGUGCAGCAGAUUUCUCGCCUGAAGUGACUCAUCGCAUAGUUAAAGGCAUUGGGUGGGAUAUUCUGUACUUUGAAGAUUCGCUGAAUGUCAUUCAUGUGGGCGAAAAGAUGGUUGAAAUGUCGUACGACGACGGUGUGACAUGGACGGAAAUCGAAACCAUUGGCAAAAGUUCCGACAUCCUCGUGAAGUUUGACCCUAUCAACGUUAACAGGGCAUUUGUAUUCUCAAGGAUUGGCGAUACGCAUUUCGUCACCGAUGAUAAGGGCAAGACCUGGCGCAGUUUCAAAGUGCAACCAAAAAAGUCUCUCAAGGACAGAGAAUUGGGCAUGCACCACGUAUUCAACUUCAAGGAUGACCUGGUUCUCAUAAAACUAGAAUACUGCAAGCAGUACCCAGAGGCCGACGACUGUGACGUUUCGUAUUUCUACUCGAGCAACUCUCUAAAAUCUGAUCCUCAACUUUUACCAAUUGACGCUAAGGUAUGUGUGGUGAACACUUUGCUUGAUGAGCCUACCAUUCUCUGUGUCAAAGAUACGCGCAAUUCCUUCGGACAUGUGGUGAAGUCGGAAUUGGUCUCGUCCAAAGACUUAUUCAAAACGUCAGAAAGCAUCAAACACCCUGGUUUUGACUCUGGCCGCAUUAUUGAUGUGCGUUUGGAACUGUCCUUUUUGGUCGUGGUAACCCAGAAGGAUCGAUUCAACGAGCUUUCGCUGAUUUCCAUUUCCGUUUCCAAAGACGGCAAAACUUUCGAUACUGCAGACCUUGCGUUCCAAAUGGCGUAUGGUGCCAUUCGCUUCCUUCCUUCAGACCCACAAUCUCUAUUCUUGACAGUUGCCGCAUCCACAUCAAAGGACACUAGACCACAAGGAACCCUUUAUUCCUCCGAUUCCUCAGGAUUACAUUUCAAAAAGCUCCUCGAUAAUGUAGACCUAGGAUACUCGGCUCGUGUUGAAUAUGUGCAUGGUGUUUGGUUGGCCAAAACCUUCGAAGAAGAUCCUAUCGUCGAACCCAACGAUGACUACUUCGGCUCCCCUAUUGCAAAGACAUCGAGCCACAUCUCAAUUGAUAAUGGAUUGACAUGGAACAAGUUGGAAAUUUUGAAUGAUGAUUCGUGCAAGUUGAAAGAUGGAUGCUCUCUCAACUUGUUGAGAUUCGAUGCCAUUGAAGACAAAAAUAAAUACGUCACGGGGCCAACGCCAAACAUUCUUAUGGGAUUUGGAAUCACGGGGAACACUGACAACUUCUUCAAGGCCAAAACCUACAUUUCUCGUGAUGGAGGUCUCACAUGGACUAAUGUGUUCCUGGGUCCUGGUAUCCAUGCUUUUGGUGAUCAAGGUAAUGUCAUCAUGUACGUUCCUUUUUCAGGCAGAAACCACGGGCCUGCCACCGAGGUAAGAUACUCUUUGAACCAGGGAAGAUCUUGGGGUACAUAUAAGUUGAAAGAACCUUGCUUCCCUCAGGAAUUGAUUACCACUACCGAUGGAACUAAUACUAAAUUUGUUCUCAGUGGUAUCGUCGAGCAUCAGCAAAUGUCAGAGGUUUUGUAUGCGUUUGAUUUCAGCAAGGCUUUUGAUGGAAACAAAUGCAAGGACAGCGAUAUGGAAAAAGUUUACGCUAGAGUAUCACCCAAAGAUGGGCAACCGAACUGUAUCUACGGAUUUAAGGAGAGUUUCAUGAGAAGAAAGGCAGACGCUAGAUGCUUCAUUGAUCGUACUUUUGAGGAUGUUAAAGUCGACGUAGAGCAAUGCCCAUGCACACAACAGGACUAUGAGUGCUCACCAUACUUUAAGCUCUCUGAAAAAGGCGUAUGUGUUCCAGAUCCAAAGAAAAUUGCAGAAAAAUGCAAGUCUGAAUCUAAGGACACCUUGAAACUUCCAGAUAUGCAGAUUGUGGCUGAAAACAAAUGCGAACAGAAGUCAGAUUCAUCUUUUGUUACGGAAACAGAGUUCAAAUGCAAGGAUUUCACAGGAGAAAAUGUGCCUCUGCUGAUUACUAUCGGUCAGUCUGAAUUUGAUGGAUUCCUCUCGCAGUAUUCGUAUGUUGCAACAGGCCCUGACCUUUCAGACAAUUUGAUUGUUAAAACCGACACGGGACUUAUAUAUGCUUCCAACAAUGGAGGUACAAGUUUUGUGAGGGUUCCUUUCAAAGAAAAAAUUAGAGGCUUUUACGUGGGGCCUUCCUUGGGCAGAGUUAUCAUGAUAACUGACGGUGAUGUAUUUUAUGCAUCUAACAAUGGCGCAAAUACAUUCUAUAAGUAUAAAGUGCCAACUUCCGCCUCCAAUGGAGAUGUCACAAUAUCUUUCCAUCCAACUGACGAGUCAAGGUUUAUUUGGCUCUCGGGUAAUUGUGCUGUUGGAUCUUCCACCUGUGUUGCGUAUCAUACAGAAGACUUUGGUCGCUCUUUCGAAAAGCUUAUUGAUAAUGCAAUGGCGUGUGAUUACGUUUCUCCUGUUCUUGACAUUACUUCAACUGAAUUGAUUUAUUGUACAGUUGUUGACGGCAACAAAAAGAAAUUGGCCUCCUCAACAAACUAUUUCAAAGAGGCCGAAAUCGAAUACGUACUUGACGAUAUUGUUGCGUACGCCAUUAAAUCAAAUUUUGUUGUUGUGGCCACUCUUGAUGAAGCUCAUACAAUGUUGAAGGCUAAAGUUACUGCAGAUGGAUUUGUCUUCGCUGACGUCGACUUCCCAAGCGAUUUUAAAAUUGAAGCUCAAACGGCCUUUACAAUCUUGGAAUCUAGUCCUCAUUCGAUUUUCAUGCACGUAACAACAGACUCUACCCUGGGACACGAAAAGGGCGCUAUUCUCAAAUCUAACUCAAACGGAACCUACUACGUUUUAUCAUUAUCUGAUGUCAAUAGAAACGAAGUGGGUUACGUUGAUUACGACAGAUUGGGUCUUCUCGAGGGUGUUUUGAUUGCAAACACCGCUACAGAUUCAAAAGAAGGCAAAAACAAGAAAACGCAGAUUUCGUUUAAUGACGGAAGCCAGUGGAACUACAUUGCACCUCCUGCAGUAGACAGCGACGGAAAAGAGUACGCAUGCAAGGGACAACCUUUAUCAAAAUGCUCUCUCCAUUUGCACGGAUUCACAGAAAGACCAGAUUAUAGAGACACUUUUUCAUCGGGGUCUGCUGUAGGUCUUUUGAUCGGAAUGGGGAAUGUUGGAGAAUAUCUUAAACCGGUCACCGAUGAUCAAACGGCAGCAUUCAUGUCUGCAGAUGGCGGAUUGACGUGGAAGGAGAUCAAAAAGGGAGUUUACCAUUGGGAUUUUGGUGACCAGGGGACGAUAUUACUAUUGGUGGAUGCAGCAAAAGACACUGAUGAAUUUAUUUUCUCAAAGGACGAAGGCGCUACGUGGGAAACAAUGAAAUUUGCUAGUAGUCCAGUGAAGGUUCUCGACCUUGCUACAGUGCCCUCAGAUACAUCCUUGAAGUUUGUCAUUUUCGCCGGGUCGCAUCAAAGCCAGAGCUCGACUCAACUUUUCGCUGUUGAUUUCUCACAAUUCUUCCCAAGGCAAUGCCAGGUGGAUUUGGAGAAUCCGGAAAGCGAUGAUUUCGAGUACUGGACGCCUAUGCACCCAGAGUCUACAGAAAGAUGUUUGUUUGGACAUGAGGCUAUGUAUUUGCGCCGUGCUGCCGGUCAUGACGAUUGCUUCAUUGGUUCCACCCCAUUGGAUCAAGGAUAUAAGAUGGUCAGGAACUGCACAUGCACAAGAAAUGACUACGAGUGUGACUACAAUUACUUUAGGGACAAUGAUGGAACGUGUAAAUUGGUCAAGGGUAUGAACGCUGCAAACCGCAUGGCAGAGAUGUGCAGAAAACCUGGUGUGUUCGAAUAUUUUGAGCCCACGGGUUACAGAAAGAUCCCAUUGUCAACGUGUGUUGGGGGAAAACAAUUUGAUGCGUUGAAGCCCCGCGCAUGUCCUGGCCAUGAAAAAGAGUUUAAUGAAGCACACGGCCGAGAUGUUGGUGGAAGUAAGAUCUUCAUCCUCAUUUUCAUUCCGCUACUUGUCUUCUUUUCUGCAGUGUUCUUCGUGUACGACAGAGGCAUUCGCCGUAAUGGUGGAUUCCAAAAAUUGGGACAGAUCAGGUUGGACGAUGGCGACGAUGAUUUCAAUCCGAUAGAGGAAAACAUUGUUGAUGUGGUAGUCAACAAGACUGUACGUGGCGCAAUUGUCGUCGCUGCUGGAACUUUCGCCGUGUUUAAAACUAUCCGGAAAAUCGACCGGGCAAUGUUUGAUAAAGUCACCUCCCUUUUGUUUGGUCGCCGUCCUGGUCAAAGAAAUUACGUACGUGUACCCGAUGACGAGGAUGAGCUUUUCGGUACGUUUGACGAAAACUACGAGGACGAGCUAAAUGAGGCGGCAGAUGUGGAUUUUAACGUCGACGAAGAGCCAGAAGAAUUCACGGAACUAACUGCCGAGCCCGCGAAUGUCGAUGAAAGACUAUUUGAUAUUGAUGAUCAAUCCGAGGAUGAUGCAGUCUCUGCAGAACAUCCAGAACCUGAAAGUACGCAUGAAUAG